CCCAGCAGGCUCAGCAGCCCCGGGGCGGAUGGCACGGGCCGCCGGGCACCGAGGCGCGGACCCACGCGCACUCCUAUUCCCUCUGCUGCUGUUGCUGCUUUUGCCGCCGCCGCUGCUAGCCCGGGCCAAGCCGCUGGAUACCCACCACCACCACCCUGUGAGGAGAGGACCACAGAAUAGACAUGCAGCUCUGCCUAGUAGCCUGGUACCUGCCCUGGCCACCCAGGAGACCCUCCCACCUGCCAGUGGCCCCAGACCUCCUCGAUGUGGUGUGCCUGACCCACCAGAUGUGCUGAGUGCCCGCAAUCGACAGAAGCGCUUUGUGUUGUCUGGAGGACGCUGGGAGAAGACAGACCUCACCUACAGGAUCCUCCGGUUCCCAUGGCAGCUGGUACGGGAGCAGGUACGGCAGACGGUGGCAAAGGCCCUACAGGUAUGGAGUGAGGUGACACCACUUACCUUCACCGAGGUUCAUGAGGGCCGUGCUGACAUCAUGAUUGACUUCACCAGGUACUGGCAUGGGGACAACUUGCCAUUCGAUGGGCCUGGAGGUAUCCUGGCCCAUGCCUUCUUCCCCAAAACCCACCGAGAAGGGGAUGUCCACUUCGACUAUGAUGAGACCUGGACUAUUGGGGACAACCAGGGCACAGACCUGCUGCAAGUGGCAGCUCACGAAUUUGGCCACGUGUUGGGGCUGCAACACACGACAGCAGCUAAAGCCCUUAUGUCCCCUUUCUACACCUUCCGCUACCCACUGAGCCUUAGCCCAGAUGACCGCAGGGGCAUCCAGCACCUAUAUGGCCAGCCCCGGCUGGCCCCCACCUCCCAGGCCCCAGCCCUGGGCCCCCAGGCUGGGAUAGACAACAAUGAGAUUGCACCACUGGAGCCGGAAGUUCCACCUGAUGCCUGUGAGGCCUCCUUUGAUGCAGUUUCCACCAUCCGGGGAGAGCUUUUCUUCUUCAAGGCAGGCUUUGUAUGGAGGUUGCGUAGCGGCAGGCUGCAGCCUGGGUACCCUGCAUUGGCUUCUCGCCAUUGGCAGGGACUACCAAACCCUGUAGAUGCUGCCUUUGAGGAUGCUCAAGGCCACAUUUGGUUCUUCCAAGGUGCUCAGUACUGGGUGUAUGAUGGUGAGAAGCCAGUCCUGGGUCCUGCACCCCUCUCAGAGCUGGGCCUGGUGGGAUCCCCAGUCCAUGCUGCCUUGGUCUGGGGUCCUGAGAAGAACAAGAUCUACUUCUUCCGAGGUGGGGACUACUGGCGUUUCCAUCCCAACAUCCGGCGAGUGGACAAUCCUGUGCCACGUCGGGUUACUGACUGGCGAGGGGUGCCUUCUGAGAUUGACGCUGCCUUCCAGGAUGCUGAUGGCUAUGCGUACUUCCUGCGUGGCCGACUCUACUGGAAGUUUGAUCCUGUGAAGGUGAAGGCUCUGGAGGGCUUCCCCCGUCUAGUGGGCCCUGACUUCUUCAGCUGUGCUGAGACUGCCAACACUUUCCACUGAUGCCUUCAGGGGCUCUGACUCCUGCCAGCCAAAGCCACUUAUAUCAGGAUAUAGACCCACAGCCAUAUUUGUGGCUCUGGGUUCCAGACAUGGGUCAGUUGUGUUUACUCAGGGGGGUGGGGUGGGGGUGCAACCACCAUGACAACUGCAGGGAAGCGCCAUGCAGGUCAUGGUCACCUGCCAGCAACUGUCUCAGACUGGGCAAGGGGGCAUUACUUAAGAGUGAGGGAGAUCUUGGGGCUGGCUAUGCCUGACCUGUGCAGGCCAGGUCAAACCUGGCUGCCCGACGUCUCCAUCUCUGCCCCUCAGGGUAGGACCUCAGCAGAAAUGGGGGAACUAUAGCAUCCUCACUCAAUGCCUGCCUGUCAGGCUGUGCCCAAGUACAGGAGAUUCCUGCAGGGUUCUGGUGCUGAAACUGGGGGUGCCGGGAGCUCUGUGGCCUUCUACCCUGGCCAACGAACUAAGCCUUGGGGCGGGGCCUUUUCCUAAGAAGUCAGCUCUGGGUAGAUGCUUGGAUCUGGAUGCCUUCUGGUUGGUGAGUCAAGCAAUCUGUUCUCCAGGAUGCAGGCCAAAAGGUCUAGUCAGCUGGGGAGGGGGCUGCUUUCUCCUGGAGACCACAAGCCUUAGAGGCCCCAACAUACCUCAAUCCUAUCCCUGGUCAGGUUGUCCUGAAGCCCUCAUCCAAUUACUGGUAUCUUCCAAAGUCAUGUAAAUGUGUGUACAGUGUACAAAGUUUUGUUUGUUUGUUUCUUUUUUACUAAGGACUAUCAUUAAACACGAUUAUU